ACCGCGCGCCCAGGCGCUCGCCAAAGCUCGCGGCUUCUCGGCGGCGCGCGGCGGCGCUGCUGCUCCCGGCGUCCACCUGAGGGACCGCGACAGCCCCGCGCCCCGCGCCCCGCGCCCCGCGACGCCCCCGCCGCGGGCCGCCGGGCCGCCAGGUGUGAGAUAUUUCAUUCAAAGGAAGAAAUAGAUCUUCUAUUAAGAUGGAAUCUGUUGUUUGGGAAUGUGGUUGAUCAACUUGAUAUAUUGGCCAAACGUGCCCUAUGUAAUAAAAUGAAAAGAAGAGACAAGAUGAUGUCAUUUUCCCAUAUUGUGAAACCAAAAACAAAUGCCUUUUGUGAGAACAAGCUAACAAACCUCUGACAGUGCAGAGUAUUGAACUGUUUGAAGAACUUAACAGCAAGAUAUAGAAGUACUUUCAAGCUAAGACCAGCAGGUGUAUAAAGAUCUAAAAUACACACCGAGUAGGCCUCAUCAUCCAAAUCUCAUUUAUAUCUAGGAAGAAUGGCUAUGAGUUGGGUUGUCUUCUAUUUUUGGCCCUUGAUUAUGUUUGCAAGGCAUACAGGUGGGCACAGCUUGUUUUCUUGUGAACCUAUUACCUUGAGGAUGUGCCAAGAUUUGCCUUAUAAUACCACCUUCAUGCCUAAUUUUCUGAAUCAUUAUGACCAACAGACAGCAGCUUUAGCAAUGGAGCCAUUCCACCCUAUGGUGAAUCUGGAUUGUUCUCGGGAUUUCCGGCCAUUUCUUUGUGCACUCUAUGCUCCUAUCUGUAUGGAAUAUGGACGUGUCACACUUCCCUGUCGGAGGCUAUGUCAGCGGGCUUACAGCGAGUGUUCAAAGCUUAUGGAGAUGUUCGGUGUUCCUUGGCCUAAAGAUAUGGAAUGCAGUAGGUUCCCAGAUUGUGAUGAGCCAUAUCCUCGACUCGUGGAUCUGAAUUUAGCUGGAGAACCUACUGAAGGAGCCCCAGUGGCAGUGCAAAGGGAUUAUGGUUUUUGGUGUCCCCGAGAAUUGAAAAUUGAUCCUGAUCUUGGUUAUUCAUUUUUGCACGUUCGUGAUUGUUCACCUCCUUGUCCAAAUAUGUACUUUAGGAGAGAAGAACUUUCAUUUGCUCGAUAUUUUAUAGGAUUGAUUUCAAUCAUUUGCCUUUCUGCCACCUUGUUUACUUUUUUAACUUUUUUGAUUGAUGUCACAAGAUUCCGUUAUCCAGAAAGACCUAUUAUUUUUUAUGCGGUCUGCUACAUGAUGGUGUCAUUAAUUUUCUUCAUUGGGUUUUUACUUGAGGACCGAGUGGCCUGCAAUGCAUCUAGCCCUGCACAGUAUAAGGCUUCUACAGUGACACAAGGAUCUCAUAAUAAAGCCUGUACCAUGCUUUUUAUGAUACUUUAUUUUUUUACUAUGGCUGGCAGUGUGUGGUGGGUGAUUCUUACCAUCACAUGGUUCUUGGCAGCUGUGCCAAAGUGGGGUAGUGAAGCUAUUGAGAAGAAAGCAUUGCUAUUUCACGCCAGUGCAUGGGGCAUCCCUGGAACUCUAACUAUCAUCCUUUUAGCGAUGAAUAAAAUUGAAGGUGACAAUAUCAGUGGCGUGUGUUUUGUUGGCCUCUACGAUGUUGAUACAUUGAGAUAUUUUGUUCUUGCACCCCUCUGCCUGUAUGUGGUAGUUGGGGUGUCUCUCCUGUUAGCUGGCAUUAUAUCCCUAAACAGAGUUCGAAUUGAGAUUCCGUUAGAAAAGGAGAACCAAGAUAAACUGGUGAAGUUUAUGAUCCGAAUUGGUGUUUUCAGCAUUCUUUAUCUCGUACCACUCUUGGUUGUAAUUGGAUGCUAUUUUUAUGAGCAAGCUUACCGUGGCAUCUGGGAAACAACAUGGAUCCAAGAACGUUGCAGAGAGUAUCACAUUCCAUGUCCGUACCAGGUGACUCAAAUGAGUCGUCCAGACCUAAUUCUCUUCCUAAUGAAAUACCUGAUGGCGCUCAUUGUUGGUAUUCCCUCCAUUUUUUGGGUCGGAAGCAAAAAGACAUGCUUUGAGUGGGCCAGCUUCUUUCAUGGUCGUAGGAAAAAAGAGAUAGUGAAUGAGAGUCGGCAGGUACUCCAGGAACCUGAUUUUGCUCAGUCCCUCCUGAGGGAUCCAAAUACUCCUAUUAUAAGGAAAUCAAGAGGAACUUCAACUCAAGGAACAUCCACACAUGCUUCUUCAACUCAGCUGGCAAUGGUGGAUGAUCAGAGAAGCAAAGCAGGGAGUGUCCACAGCAAAGUGAGCAGCUACCAUGGCAGCCUCCACAGAUCACGUGACGGCAGGUACACUCCUUGCAGUUACAGAGGAAUGGAGGAGAGACUACCUCACGGCAGCAUGUCACGACUGACAGAUCAUUCCCGACACAGCAGUUCUCAUCGACUCAAUGAACAGUCCCGACACAGCAGCAUCAGAGAUCUUAGUAAUAACCCCAUGACUCACAUCACACAUGGCACUAGCAUGAACCGGGUUAUUGAAGAAGAUGGGACCAGUGCUUAAAAUUGUCCUAAAGUGGAAAACUUUAUGCAGUUCAAAAAGCAGGUUUUAUUUUUUGCCUUUGCAUGACUGACUGCUGUAACUCAGUUACCACGCUUUCAGUCAGGUAUGGAAUUGUGUCCACUGGAAAAGUAAAUUUUUGCUUUUUAUAUUGUAUCAAAACUGGGAACAUCAAGGCAUCCAAAAUGCUAAGAAUUUUGCCAUCAUGUAAAUAAUUCUUAUUUGCAGGUUAUAAAGAGAUUAUUUGUCUAGUAAGCAUUUUUAUAAAUUACUUAUUUUAUAUUUAGAAAAAUCCUAAAUGUGUGGUGACUGCUUUGUAGUGAACUUUGAUAUUAUGAAUUAGUUGUGAGAUAAUAUUCUGGUAGUUCUGUUAAUAAAACAAAAUUUCAGAAUUAAAUUUUCUAUGCAAGAUUUACUUCUCAGAUGAAUUAUGGGACUUUGUAAUUUUCUUUCCACAAAGUGACAAAAGAACUGUGUUUUUAAACUGUAGGAGAAUUUGAUACGUCAGCAAGGGUAUUUUAGCUAAUAGAAUGUAAGUUCAACGGAAGAAUCUGAUUAGCCUAUUGAAGGGUCAUUCAAAAUUCUAUCAAAAUAAUCUUCAGCCAGAGAGAUACAGCAAUUGAAUGAAGGCAGAGAAGGGCAUUUCCCCCAUAAUUGUACUUUUUUAUUUUUGUAAAUAUUACUUUUAUUACCCACAUGCAUGAUGGAAAAUAUUUAAUUUGUAGACAUCUUUUCCAUGUAGAGGUACUGAUUCAUGUUCAGAUCUGUUUUGUGGAGGCAUGUAAUAAGAGAAGUAUCGUCCUUAUAAGGCUUUUUGUAGUAGCUACAGUUACAAAAUGGCAAAAUGUUUUCUCAGUAUUCAUUGUUGUGUUUUUCUACAGUAAGAUGUGAUCUUGCCAAAGCCACCAGAUCUUAGUACCCAGCCCCCUCCUCUGAGUGAGUUGAUAUGUCUGUACUUGGUUUCCCUGUAGCCUAUAGGCUGCAGUUUUUGCCCCAGCACCCUUAUUUUCAGGUUCUGAAUCAUUCUUGUUUACAGCUGAAAAACAUAUAUAACCUGAGUCCAAAGUAGUGAUUGAUUGGAGUAUUUGAAAAUAACUGUAGCUAAAUGAAGCAUGACUAGUCUUACUGUGAAGUAUCUUUUAAUCUUAAAACUCCUUUUAAAAAGUUUGACAUUCUGUCCUAUAAUGUUUAAAUAAUUAACAGUAAAAACUGUGACCUGUAUUGGCUAUAAAAUUGGUCAGAAAAGCAAGAUUUUUUUUUAAUGCUGGAUGUCUUGUAGAGAAAGCAUAUUUUAAAAAGUGGUCCUCACCCCUAGCUGCAGAAAAGAAUCACUUAGGGAACCUUAUUAGCAAUGACUUUCAUUAAGAGAAGAUUUAGUAGGUUUUUUUUUUUCCCUAAAAUCUAAAUGAUUCUAACCUGUAGCCAGGCUUGAAACCCACCAUUUAAACUAAUUAACUCCUGAGGAUGACUUAAUGCAUCAUAUUAUAGCACAUGGAGAUCUACCUGUAUUCAGUAUUAUGCUUUCAUAUCAUUACCUGGUAUACAGUUGUCCAUUGAAAAGUAUGGAAUAUUAAACCCCAUUCUAGAGAUUCUUAUUCUUUGACUCAAAAAUGAUAAGAGUAUAAAAUCUAGUUAUAAAGAUACCACAGAUGAUUCUUAUGUAGGUAAUCCAAGGAUCACACUUUGAGAAAUGUUCUAGACUCGACUAAAACCUGGCUUUGACAUAUGCUAGUUUUUGACCUUUAAUAAGUCAGCCUCUUUGAACUUUGUAUCCCUUGUUUGUAAAUGAAGACAGAAGAUAAUUACCUACCUCAUAAAAUUAUCAAAUAUGGAUCAAAAGAAAAAUCAUAUGAAAACUCUUGAAAAACUGUAAAGCAUUAUGAAUGAAAUAGAAGGUAUUAAGAUUACGGAGGAUUUUAAAAGUUUGUUUGAGGGCUACUAUAGUGCAUUCAUGUAUGUGUGUAUUUUUCUUACUCUUUAAAAUAAAAAAUAGCAAGAAAUCAGGAGUUAAAAAAGAAGCAUUUAUCAGACACAAAGGUCAGUUUUCUGAAAAUGACAGUUUGUAUAUCACAUUGUUUCUUUCAGAGUACGUAUAUCUUGACUUUGUUAUUAUUAAUUCUUUAUAAGAAAUAUU